AGAACUGAGCUGGAUCUGACUCCAGAGCCUUCUUGUGGGGAGAAAGAUGUCAGAUGAAGAUGACUUGGACGAGUUUGAGCCAGACCAGGAAGAGCUGGAAAAAGAAGAUGAUGAAAAGGAGACAGAGGAGUGGGAAGACCACAGAAAAGAAGGGGAAGAGUUCGCUGAGGAAUGGAUGCCCAGCCCCCUAACGGAGGAUAUGAUGAAGGAAGGGCUUUCUUUGCUCUGUAAAACAGGCAAUGGAUUGGCUCAUGCUUAUGUUAAGCUGGAGGUUAAAGACAGGGAGCUGACAGACAUCAGCUUGCUGCGCUCCUACAUCCAUCUGCGCUAUGUGGAUAUUUCUGAGAACCACCUGACAGACCUAUCACCGCUCAACUGUCUCACCCAUCUGCUGUGGCUCAAGGCUGAUGGCAAUCUGCUUCGGAGUGCCCGGCUGAACCAGCUGCCCUACCUGCAGAUUGCCAGUUUUGCCUACAACCAAAUCGUUGAUACUGAAGGCAUCUCUCAUCCUCGGCUAGGGAGCUUGGAUCUCAAAGGGAAUCGCAUCCACAUGGUGACCAGUCUGGACCCACAAAAGCUGAGCAACCUGCACACCCUUGAGCUUCGGGGGAACCAGCUAGAAAGCACCCUGGGAAUCAAUCUUCCUAAGUUGAAGAACCUCUUCCUGGCCCAGAACAUGCUGAAGAGGGUGGAGGGUUUGGAGAACCUGAGCAAUCUCACCACCUUGCAUCUUCGGGACAACCAGAUUGAAACUCUGAAUGGCUUCUCCAAGGAAAUGAAAUCACUACAGUAUCUCAACUUGAGGGGCAAUAUGGUGAGCGACCUGGCAGAGCUGGCCAAGCUUCGGGACCUGCCCAAGCUACGAGCCUUGGUACUAUUGGACAACCCAUGCGCAGAUGAGUCGGAAUACCGCCAGGAGGCCCUGGUGCAGAUGUCACAGCUUGAGCGCCUGGACAAAGACUUCUAUGAGGAGGAAGAGCGGGCAGAGGCUGAUGAGAUCCGCCAGAGGUUGAAGGAGGAACAGGAACAGGAGCAUGAAGCUGAGCAGGAGCAUGAUCUGGAGCUGGAUCAGUCACUGAUCUAGCAGACUUCUUCCAGCCUCCAAGGAAAG